GUCGACUCACGUUCACUGGGCGUAACCAAAUACCAGGUAUUUUGCGCCACAAUGGCCGCCCUGGGCAGCGUAAACUUUGGCUGGAACAUCGGCGUCAUCAACAUCCCCGGUGACGUUAUCUCCAACUGUGUCACUGGUCCCAGUCCACUACAACGGUCCCUUCCCCUCAUGCAUCCCAGACCGAGUCCACCAUCUGGGGCGUGGCUGUUGGUUGCUUCGCCAUUGGCGCUCUGAUCGGCUCAAUCGCCGGUAGCCCGCUGGCCGACAAGCAUGGACGCAAAUUCGUGCUCACCUGGGCUCCUCUACUAUCUGUAUGCGGCGCCCUACUACUGUCGCUAUCAACCACCCUGGCGCAGUUCAUUAUCGGCCGGAUAUUCGUCGGCAUUGCCGCUGGGCUCUGCAAUGGCACUGUGUCGGUGUAUGUGAGCGAAAUCAACGACUCCCAGGUCGCGCGAUAUCCUGAGCGGCACGAUUCAGCUAGCCACGGGUAUCGGCAUUAUGCUGGCGAAUACCUUGUCUCUGGGGCUGUCGAGGCCGCCGCUGUGGCGCGUUUUAUUUGCUGUCACCGGAGUGAUUGGCGUCCUGACAACUCUGUUGUUUCCUGUCUGCGUCGAGUCGCCCAAAUGGUUGGUGGCGCAUGGCCGCACUGACCAGGCGCAUAGUGCGCUGGCACGGCUGCGCAAGAACGCUGAUAUUACUUUGGAGCUCCAGGAUAUGAUUGCGGAUGCUGCGCGGCAGGCGACCCAGGCAGAGAAGGCACCCAAGGCCAAUGUUCUGGAUGUGCUAAUGGGCCGCACGCCCGAUAACUUGCGGCACCAGCUGGUGGUGGUCAGCACCGUGAUGCUGUUUCAGCAAAUGUCGGGCAUCAAUGCAGUUAUUUUUUAUUCCACGCAGAUCUUCAACCGCACAACCCAUGACGACCCGUCGCAGAUCCCAACCACCGCCCAGAUCCUCUCCCUUGUCAUUUCCAUUGUGGCUGCCAUUUCGGUGUUCGCCUGGCAUGCUCCUGUGCGCGCGCUUCGGCCGCCGCACUCUGAUGCUGCUGUCGCAUCGGCACCAUGGCUCUCUUUCUCGCUGCUGAUGGUCGUCGGGUCCUAUUACUGGCACCAACGCCCUGGUCAUCACCAUGGUGUUUUUGUUUCGCCAUCUUUUUUCAAUUUUGGUGUCGGGCCGCUGCCCUGGGCGACAGCAUCCGAGAUGACAGCCAGCGUACGCCAUGACGGCCAUGGCGGCUAUCGGCGGCGCUGUCAAUUAUGCCUUUACUUUUGCCAUCGGCGUGUUCUUCCCGCCCAUGCAGGAGGCGCUAGGCGACUAUACAUUCUUUUUCUUCAUGGGCUUCAAUAUCCUGGCCUUUGUCUUCUGCUUCUUCUUUUUGCCCGAAACCAAGGGCUAUAGAGUCGAAGACUGUCGUCGCUGUUCAUACAAGUUGGUCUUCCACUGUGUCCUUGGCAGCCGCUACACUAUCCUGAACUCGGGAGCAAUGUGAGAGCGAUGGCAAGAUGGCUUGCGAGCAGCAGGCUUGAUAUGCCCUCCUUGUACUUUGAUAUAUACAGCUGGUGGAUAUUUGCUAAACGUU